UUAUCCGCGCCGUCGAGGACAGGGAGAGGAUCCCAGAAAACUUCAUACGGCGGGCAUACACUCAGCUGAUGCUGGGCCUCCAUCAUUGUCAUCAUGUUUCCCGGCAAGGGCGUAUCGUUCUGCAUAGGGAUAUCAAGCCUGAGAAUGUUUUACUCUCUUCUGAUGGGACCCUCAAAAUCGCUGAUUUUGGACUUUCGCGGACUCUCCGUGAGGCGGAGUCUUCAGCCACUUCCUUUGUAGGUGCUACCUUGCCCCAGAGCUCGCAGGGCGACAGAAGUAUGGACCGAAGGUAGACAUUUUCAGCCUUGGCUGCCUGCUAUUCGAGCUGUGCACUUUGUCGCCACCAGAUCUUCGGGCUCGCGGAGUCCAUAGAGCGUCACGCCUCAUGCUGCCAAUGGAGUAUUCUGUGGAACUGCGUUCCGCUGUGUCAGAGCUUCUGCACCCAGAUCCCGAAAGUUGGCCCUCGACAGCGGAGCUAUUCACACGGACUCACUUUGCCUCAUGGAUAGCGGAUGCUCAAAGGGGAGAAGCCAAGCUUCAGAUGGAGCAACGAAGCCUUGAGC